AUGAAACUUUUAACACCGGAAUGGACUUUGGUCACUUCAGUAAUUUUAAAGAGCAAGUAUGGGUUCAUCAAAUACUUUGGUCACUUCAGUAUUUCGCAUUUAGGAGUCCCUUAUAAAUGUCAGUUGUUUAUGUGGAAGCUAGCUCAUCAAAUUCUUCCGAUUCUUCAUCGUCUGGAUAAGCACUUGCACCUUCAGAAUACUUCUUGUUAUUUUUGUGAUUCUCAGGUGGAAACGGCUACUCAUCUUCUUCUGCAAUGCCCCUUUGCAGCUGCUAUAUGGUCUCAUUUUUUACCUCAUUACUCUUCUAUGAUUACAUCUCAGUAUUCUGUGAAUGAUUGGUUGCAAGGAUGGAGUGAUCCAGACAGUACUUUUAACUUCAGAGAUCGCCAAAAACUAAAUCUUAUUGUGGUUAUUCUGUGGCAUAUUUGGAAGGCUCGUUGCACUCUAGCUUUUGAACACACUGCCCAAUCCCCCCAAUCUAGUAUUCAUAAAAUUGUGGAGUUCUGCAGAUUUCAUCGCAUUAGUUGGCAACUUACUUCGAAUGUUCAGACUACUACCCUUGCAGUUCCGAAUAUUACUAUGGCAGUUCGACAACAACCCCACCAUGCUCAAAUUUUUCCUACCUCUGAUGAUCAUAAUUACAACUUCCAUAUGAAUGUUGAUGCUUCCAUUUUACCUAACUCUCAUACUGCAGGUAUUGCGUUUGUUCUUACCACUCCAUUUGCCUCCUUUAUGACAGCUUCCGCAUCCCCAAUCUGGGAAAGGAAUAUAAUACAUGGGGAAAUGAUCGCUUUACACACAACUCUGCAAUGGUUAUCCUCUCAUCAGUUAUCUAAUGUCCUCAUCAGGUCUGACUGUAAAAAACUAGUUGAUGCUUUGUAUGGUUCUAUAAAUAGUGUGUCGUGGAUUGACAAGUCUCUCUUGUUAGCCUGUUGUGGUCUGUUAAAUAAUUUGUGUAAUGUGUCUGUUCAGUAUGUUGGUCGAGUGCAAAAUAAAGCAGCUGAUACGCUUGCUAAGUUUGCUAGAUCUUAUGUUAGUUCUAUGCAAUGA